AUGAAAGAGGCCAAGGAAGGGUACGCAGACUGGGAGCAUUGGGAUAUACAAACCAUCUUGCGCUUCAGCGAGUUCGUCUACACGGGAGAUUACCAAGAGCCAGUGGUUCCAGGACGUGCAGGACAGAUCUCCUCGACAGAGCAUAAUGAUCUCCUCUUGGAGCCACCUGUAGAACCUGAACCGGUGCUUCGGACUCGGAAAGAGAGGUCAUCAAGACCCUGCUGGGACAGCUUCAAACGGCUUUAUCCCGACCCACAGCCCAAGUCCAGUCAGAACGUCCGCGAAGAAGCCGCUGACUUCGGCGAAGUCUUGCUCUCUGAUGUGGACAUCAUCGUGUCAGGUGACAUGUUCACCUUCAUCGUCGGGGCCGAGGAGCAGACGUUUCUUCUCCACGGCGACGUUGUAGCCCAACAGUCCGCAGCCCUCGACAACCUUAUCAACAGCGGCAUGAAGGAGUCCGUAGAGCGCACUUUCCAGCGCCUCUACCCGGAGCCUCCACGAGAAAGCAUUAUGGGGGGUUUUACCGACGACCACACCGACAUGUUCGUCUCCAUCGCCAUGGUCUACGUGUUCGCCGACUGCUACGGAAUCAAGGGCCUCCAGGAGCUGUCCCUGCGCAAGCUCCGCGAGGCCCUGGUGCAAUUCGAUCUUCACCCCCCGGGUGUCCCAGACAUCACGGAAUUGAUCCGGUACACGUACGAGAACACGAUGGAAAGGCAAAACGGACAACGCGACGCGUUGAGAAGCCUGAUUAGCCUGUACGCGGCUUGCAAGGUGAAGGAGUUGAUGGAGGACGAAGAGUUCCCGAAGCUGCUCGAUGAGCUCGGCGGAGACUUUUCGAGAGCGCUGGUCGAGGACAUGAUGGGGCGUUUCGACUAA